UCUGUGUACUUAAUAACAGAAAAAAUAUACUGUAACAAAAAACGACUCCCUUUGCGAAACUGUAUGAAACGAUCUUAACUCCUGUAGUCUGUACAUCUUUCAGGGGUUAUUAUCAUUUGCAGAGCAAUUUAUUACUGCAAGCCGAAUUGUGGGACAUUUAUCGGUACAAGCACGCGACAACGAAGCCCGAAAUACCAUUUUCAGCGGAACCAAGAUUGAACCCGGGGUUUGUUCCGCCACCGGGCGGUUUAGAUGCGCGGUUGAAGUCAACGGUCUGGCUGCCGUCGUAUUGGAUCGAGAAGAUCCCCAGCCCAAUGCUGUGGCUGGCUAAGCUUCUGUUAGGGAUUUCGUUGAAAGCGGUGCCGGAGUAUCGUCUGCCGGAAGUUAUUACGAUCGUACUCCGGCGAGAAAACGGUCAACUAGGAUUUUCUAUGGUCGGUGGCCGCGCAACGCGAGAAGGGGAUCUGGAAAUUUUUGUGCAAAGGAUUGCACCCGGAGAAAGCGCCGAGGGAGACGGUCGACUGAAGCAUGGUGAUCAGAUUGUCCGCGUAAACGGAGAGAGUGUACUAGCGGCCACCUACAAUGAGGCCGUUACCAUGCUGCAGUACGGCGGAAACAGUGUGACCUUAGAUAUUGUUCGUGGAAGUCACUACCCGUGUUCUGAAUGCGCACAAUCUCUCUACGGAUAAUUCCUCCGUCUGGCUUAAAAACUAAAACGCGGUGUAGUGAUUUUUUUGUGGUUUUACUUACUAGAACUGUAUUAAUUUAAUCCUCAUGCGUGCUUUUCAAGUUACUGAAUUUUUCACUGAGCGAAAAUAAUGAACAAAUAGUCUACACAUCCAAAUUUCACAUAGAAAAUUAUCUUGUAGCA